UAUUAUACGAAGAACAAAAAAUCACCCAAACUCCACAGCGCGACCACCAAACUUCAUAGCGGCGACCAUCAGACACGACCACCACCGCUGUGGUUCACGGUGAAGUCCGUACGACCUCCACGACAGCGGUUCGGCGCCCAUAAUUUGUCCCAAUUGUAUAUUUCUACCAUCAAUUGUGAGAGAAAUGAUAAUUGUUAGAUAAAAAAUUCGUCGGAUUAGAGUCAGAGGUUGGAUAUUGAAGUCGGAUUGGAUUCGGAGUUGCGGAGUAGGAUUCAGAGUCAGAUUUAGCCUCCGACUUCCUAUAGGAUGAGCUGCCGUCAAAGGAGCACCAAACCGGCGCAACCGCCAACAGUUGUCAGCGGCCACCCACCAUUUUCAUCUUAAACCUUAGAAUUUUCCAUCAAUGGCGGCCUUGUGUCGUCUCUCCCGCUCCAGCCGUAAACUCCUCCCAUUUUCUCUCUCUUAUCCUCAUCUCCUCUGCCCAUCAUCAUCUACUUGCCCCAACGCUAACCCCUAUCAUAAACCUAACGAUAUUUACAAAACCCCUGAUUUUAAUUUCAAUUUCAAAUUGAAUUUUUUGGACCAAUUUACAUUAUGCCAGAAAUCGUUUUUCUAUGCUUAUUCUACGGUACCUCAAGGGUCACGAUUUGCGAAUUUUGGCAAAGAAGACGAUGAUGAUCAGUUGAAGUUGAAGACAAAGACUGAGACUUCAUGGGUUGAUUUGUAUUUGCCGCGUAGUGCUCAGCCCUAUGCUAAGCUGGCUCGGUUAGAUAAACCUAUUGGUACUUGGUUGCUUGCCUGGCCAUGUAUGUGGUCCAUUACCAUGGCAGCAGAGCCAGGAAGCCUUCCCGAUUUCAAGAUGCUGGCUCUGUUUGGCUGUGGGGCUUUUCUCCUACGGGGUGCUGGUUGUACUAUAAAUGAUCUCCUUGACCAAGAUAUUGAUGUGAAGGUGGAACGUACUAAGCUACGACCAAUUGCUAGUGGUCUUUUGACUCCAUUUCAAGGGAUUUCCUUUCUUGGUGUACAACUUCUAUUGGGUCUCGGAAUUCUCCUUCAGCUGAAUGAUUUCAGCCGCAUUCUGGGAGCUUCAUCCUUGCUUCUAGUUUUCUCAUAUCCCCUUAUGAAGAGGCUGACAUUUUGGCCCCAGGCAUACCUUGGAUUGACGUUUAACUGGGGAGCGCUUUUGGGAUGGUCUGCUGUCAGAGGAAGUUUAGACCCUUUUGUAGUCCUUCCAUUGUACUUGUCUGGUGUUUGUUGGACUUUGGUCUAUGAUACUAUCUAUGCACAUCAGGAUAAAGAAGAUGAUCUGAAAGUGGGUGUGAAAUCUACGGCCUUGAGGUUUGGGGACUUAACAAAGGAAUGGGUCACUGGGUUUGGAAUUGUAAGCAUAUGCAGCCUUGCUCUCAGUGGAUACAAUGCACAUUUGGGAUGGCCAUAUUUUGCAUGUUUGGCUGCUGCAUCUGGGCAGAUGACGUGGCAGAUCUAUACGGUUGACUUGUCUAAUCGUGCUGAUUGUAAUAGAAAGUUUGUUUCAAACAAAUGGUUUGGCGCUCUCAUCUUUAGUGGCGUUUUGUUUGGAAGACUGGCCUCAUAGCUGUUAUUAUAGAGGUCUUCUAGUCUUUCAUUUCUGUUGUAAGAUUUUUAUCAGAGGCAUUCUCUUGUGAAUUGAGAAUAACCUUAAGAAGGUGACUGGAAAUGGCAAUGAUUGGCACUCCUUUUAUACCAGUUCUCUCCUUUUGGAUUCUUCCAAGGUGCUUCGUACGAAAGGUUGUGGUUCUUUCAUGGAUUCUUGGGCAUUUCACAAAUCCAUGCAUGCAUCUGAAAGUUCUAAGACUAUACACAUUACAAAAGGUUAUGAGAUGAAUAUGUGGUUCAGCCUUUCUAGUAAACUUGUACCCAAGCAUAUUAGCCAUCCUGUUGAGUCUUUGAAUCGGGGUUUUACAUUAAAAAAAGGCAGCCUAUAUCCCCAUACCAAUUUUGGCCCGAUGAAGCAUAUAUUGCUCUGAUGGAGGUACUAACUACAGUUUUCAUUCUUUAUCUGCUUAAACAAACAAUGUCAUAGCUGUAGCCAUGGUGGAUUUCAGCAUGGCUAGUAAUCUGAUAUGCCAUGCUGAAAGCAUGUUCAAGCUCCCCUUACGUGUAUAUUUUGUCCCCGUAGCAUAUGAAGGUGCUAAGCAACAUUCAAUCUAUAUAUUUGGGGAUAUUCCCAUAAAGUUUUUGUUCUCUUGUUUUAGGCGGUCCAAAACCACCACAACAUUCAUGAGGCAACCAACAAUAACCUGUAAUAUAGUUUCGAUUGUACACAAUUACAAUCCUGCAGGGGUCUUUCCCUAGCAAGCACGUAUGCAAAGCUAUUAGUAUGCAUUUUAUUCAGAUUUAUUAUUCA